AUGGGUAAACCCCAUGCCCAUCUCCGCAAUGAUUCAAUGAUUAAUCCCCACCGCGCGCAACAAGCACGCAUGCGCAAAUUCCUCGAGGAGAACGCCUGGCUCAAUGCCCUCCCCAUCUCUGCAAGCGAUCGCCACGCUCUCCGUAUCAUCCAAGACCUCUACGAGGUUCGCAUCGACAAUUUCACAUUCAGCCCCCUCGAGGACGUCUUCCUCAUCGACCCCGCGUUCACUAUCGAGCAGUGUGACCCGGCCACCGGCUCUAGUCCAUCUUUGCCAGUCGAAUGGAUAGGCUGGGCCGGUUCUAGUGGCUUUGAUCGGGAGGAUAGGAGCACGAUCUCGAGCGAAAUGCGGAUCAAUCCCCGGAAGAAGACGCUUCAGGGCAAGUUUGGGUUCAUAUGGGGAGGCGGGUGGCCUGGUCCAGGGACGGUGAGUUUCCGGGCCACGCGCUUGCCAGAGGUUGAGAGUUUUGGCUGGCAAGGCAUGAUCGACCUUGAGGAUAUUGUGGGCGAAUGGGCUCAGCGAGAGCCAUAUGGUGAGAAGGAGAGGAUGCGCCAGACGCUGUCACCGGAGGAGCUGGAGGUGGAACUGCACGAGCGGGAUGCUGCACGGGCUUGGGCUCGUGAGGAGAGUCUGAAUGCGGAGGCUGGUGAGGAUGACGAACUAUCACUUUUGUCCGACUGCUUUUCGGUAAACAGGGAUGUGACGAUGGCGGUGUUUGACCGCAGUGGUAAUAGUGUGCAGAUUCGUCUGCGGGUUGUCACCAAGUACAAUCGGGUAUGGGGGGAGUUUGACGGCGACUUCCGGGCAAUUUCCUUUGUGAACUGGCAGAUUCGUGACAAAACUCCCGCCCCGACGAGAGACGUUAGCAUUGGCGGGGCCGAAGACAGUCAUCUUCUAUCUUUGCUAGCCAGGCUGCUGUCGCAGAGGAAAACGCUCGACGCCCAAGUAUUCGACAAGAUUGGCAAUAGCAUGCGGAUCCGUUUGCAGGGCGAUGAGAAGGUUGUUGUCUCGGGAGAAUUUGACGGGGACUUUGCGACCCUUUCUCUGAUGGAGUGGAAGAUCGACGGCGGUGCUGAAAAGAGUGACGAUUCCUGA